UGUCAAUCAAUUUAUCAUAUAUAAGUCGAGGAAAACUAUCCUCAAGGCGUAGUAUUAGUUUGAGAAUAGCAGAGAACAGUACUAAAUACGGGUAUUCUAAAAGUAAUCAUGAAAAUAAUAUAUUCCAGCGUAAUCCAAAUUUGCGCAUUUAUACUAAUUACUCAAUUAUGUAUAAUCAUAUCAGCAGUCCAGAAAACUUCUGACAUAACUGAAUUUACAGUGGAAAAUCAAAGAACGCAUAGAAGACCGAAUUUUAGAAAGAGGGUGAUUGAAGAAGGAAUGCCGGCCACUGUUGAUGAAUCCGAGACAUAUUCCGCUGAUUAUAUCGACACGGAAACAAAUCUGGAGGAACUACCGUCACUUAUAGUCGAUUAUGCGAAUAUGAUUAGAAACGAUAUAAUUUUAUUGGAUAAUUCCGUUGAAACAAGGUCUCGGAAGCGCGGCAACUUAAAAUUUAAAAGAGACGAUCAUGUAUCCUGCAGUUGUGAACGAAAACCAAACGAUAACGAGAAAGAGACAACAUUAAUUGAUUUAGGUGUGGAAUAUUUUCCGAGAUACAUCGAAAAGAAGUUUUGCGCCAACCUUUGCCCACCUUUGUAUAGGUGUCAAGAAAGUGUAUACAAUCUAACGAUUUUAAAGAAGAAAGGAUCACCAGAUAGGGAAGAUGAAGUAAUGAUGCAUUUAGACAUGCCACGAGAUCUCAAGAACCACUACGUCGCUAUAAGGAAGCCUGUAACCAUUGGAUGUAUAUGUACCAGAGAUUUCAUUGAGUACCACUGAACAUUCUAGAAAAUUUGAA